GGACUGCGGCGGUUCAAGAAGGCAGCUCACCACCACCUUCUCAAGGGCAAUUAGGAAUGGGCAAUAAAUGCUGGCCCAGCCAGCGAAGCCCACAUCCUGUGGAUGAAUUUUAAAAAAAGCCUCCCAAUUCACAACUGGAAAACACCAAACCAAGAGCCAUCUGUUUUUUGACCUUGGCAACAGAUUGCAUCAAUAAAUGAUCGACAGUGAUUCCAGGAAUAUCAACCUCAUGAACAAAUAUGCCAGGAACACAUAUUUCUGCAGUGGUGUUGACAGUUGUUUUGAAGAUUUUUGCAUUACAGACACAGGCUUUACUAGCACCCAUGAGGACCGCCGUGCAGUUCCUGAUCAUUCUCCUCGGGACAGGGGUCACCGCUGCCUGUCCAGAAAAAUGUUUUUGUUAUUCAACACUUGUCGACUGCCGCCACAUUGCCCUGCAGAAUAUUCCACCCGACGUCAGUCCUGGAACCGAGACUUUAUUCUUGGACGGGAACUCCCUGGUUAGAAUCCCUCGCAACGCCUUCGGAAAUUUAGGGAACAUGAGCUAUCUUGGUUUAUCAAGUAAUCGGCUCCUCCUUCGAAACUACACAUUUGAACCUCUGCUAAAGCUGCAGGCUUUAGACCUGUCUGCAAACCACUUGUUGCAGCUCCAGGAAACUCUAUUGGAAAAUCUUUCAAACCUCACCUGGUUAAACCUGGCCAGCAACAAUCUUCAAAGGUUUCCUCCCAUGAUGUCACUUGCCAAACUGACCUACUUGGAUCUGUCCAACAAUGAGCUCAUUGUGUUCCAAGAAACGUUCAAACACUUGCCUCAGCUGGACACAGUGUUUCUCAAUAAUAACCAACUAAAGGCUCUCCCAGCAACAGGUUUUGACCAAUUAUUUCUUCUUAAAGUUCUUGAUUUGUCGAACAAUGACCUAAGCUCCUUGCCUUCCCGUUUCUUCAAUAAACACCGCAAGCUGACUGACCUGCGUCUUGACCACAAUAAGUUGAGAAACCUCACAGCCACUUUAUUUUCCCAUUUGGACGACCUACAGUAUCUGACCAUCUCUGGAAAUGCCCCGGUUAAUUUUCCUCCUGAGCUCUUUAGUAACUUAACCAAACUGUUAAAGCUUGACUUGUCCAGUAAUUCACUAACCUUUCUACCCAAGAAUUUCCUUUCCAAUUUGCAACAGUUACAGGUGUUGAAGCUCUCUGACAAUUUCAUUGGCAACUUGGUAGCUGACAUAUUCAAAUGUAACCCUAAACUAGUUUACCUGCAUUUGGACAGCAACAACCUCCGCACCCUUCCAGUAUUUGAAGGACUGCAGCAGUUAGAAGAGUUGACUCUGUCCUUUAACCGGCUGGUUGAGUUUCCAAAAGAAUUUGGUGACAACCUAGUAAAGCUGCAAUGCCUCCAAGUCAAUGACAACCUCAUCAGGCAAUGGGACAGCGAAGGGUUUCAGAACGUUUCAUCUGUGAUCUUGAGCAACAAUCCAAUCUGCUUGAACCGGGGACAUGCAGCACGAGUAGAAUCCACAAACAUUGAGUGUACGAAGAAGCAUUGUUAAUCUGCUCGAAAGUCAGUUUGAAAAAAAAUUCUCCGCGGAAAUGAUAUCGGCAGAUUUGCCAUUCGUCGCUUAGCAAUACAGAAAUUCAAUUUUGCUGAAAAGAGAGACAAAAGCUUUUUCAAAACUCUGAACAACAGGUUAAGCUAGCCAUUUUCAUGCUGCUGCUCUGCAGUGGUGACACAAGUGGUACUUUUUACUGACGGAAUGCUGCCAUCGGUCCAAAAAGACAUUCUACCCACCACACAAUUGAGCAACUUCAUGUAUGAAUCUCAGUUCCGGUGCAAUGCCAGGUACAUACGCCAUACACCCCAGUGAUUGGCUGAUUGAAUCAAACUCCAUGGCACCACCUUGGCCAAUCAGAGCUGACUUGCCAGCCAAUCACCAUUCUUUUCUCCUGGAGCAUAAAUUGUUGUGAUCAUUUGAAAUUUGGUAUUCUUGUGUUUGUCCUGAUGAGUGCAAGACGAAAAGCUUCAACAACAUGGCUCUCAUUUCAGCAAAAUUUACCAUUAGAUUGAAGCAAUGAGACUGUAGUCAUUUACAAAUACAUUGCAUUACUUUAAUAAAAGCCAUUCUUUUCA